AUGCUUCGCAUACCAAGAGCUAUUGGAGUACUUACCAAGGCACCAUUUCGAGCUUAUGGAGGAGAAGUUCCACGUAACUUUAAAUUUAGAUGAACUAUCAGACCACGCUGAACAUCAUGGACACCAUCACGCUGCACCUUCCAAAGAAUUGGUAAUUGUUAUCUAGUUAGAUGGAAUUGAAGAACUAAAGAAGUUUCUAGCGACCUUGCCUCCUCGUAACUACGACCCUGUAGUCAACGAGUACUUAGAACGCUGCAAGAAGGGGAUCCUCUAA